GAACAUGGGGGAAGUUUUAAAUCCAAUAUUUAUCCGUCAAUCCGUUUAUCCGUUAAUCCGUUGAUCCGGUCAUCUAUGGUCCUGCUUUUCGGAAAAUCUGAGAAAAAAUAGAAAGUUAAUGGACUUAGAAGUGAAGGAUUGAGCACGUUUCUGCAAUUGCACUUUUCGGAAAUUUGGAAAAGGCGGGAAGUCAUAAAAAUUGAAAAAAAAAAUAUUUUUUAAUUACAAAAUUAACAAAUGAUGUGGCUUGUUAGAGGAUUAAACAACAAACUUUUUGAGGUAUCCCACUUCAAAAUCAAAUAAGAAUUGGAUAAGUUAUGGGCUACAGAGUGCAAUGUAUACCAUUCAAAUAUACAAUUUAUGGAUAAUCUCAGGCGGUUUUUCCUACUUUAUCACACAUAGUUAAACAAAAACACAUGCAACACACAGAAGUGUGUACAAAAAAAACAUAUAAACAAAAAACAAAAAAAAACACUUAGACAACCGAGGAGGAGGAGGACCAGGAGCAACUCAGGAUAACUAAGAACUUGGCAUCUUGAGUUUGUUGCUUUGGAGGAGUAGCUUAAAUAUCCAAAAUUCUUCUGGUGGAUGCUGGCUGAGAGCACUGUGUUGAGGACCACUUUGGAGGAUUAGGACCGAGGAUCAGGAGCGAGGAUUAGAGAGGAGAAGCAGAAUGUACCAGAACCAGUUCAUCUACUCCCGGGAGCGGCGUCGCUUCGGGCGGCAGUGCCGCUUCCAGGACCGCAACGAGCUGAUGGUCAGCGUGCAUCCGAGUGGCCGCCAGCGGCUGAAGUACAUAAUGCGCAACCCGACCACGGAGUCCACCCAGCUGAGCCGCCAGAUGGCGCUCACCGUGAUGGAGACGGAGAACGUGACCCUGGACCAUCGCGGGAUGGAGCACUUCGAGGGCGGCUGGCCCAAGGAGGUGAACACCAACGACGAGGAGCAGACGAUGCGCCACCGCAAGAAGGUGGAGCGCGAGGACAGCUGGGGCGAGCAGGUGCUCCAGAUCAUCCGCACCACGAUGCGCGUCGCCGAGCAGAACAACACACUGAACAUCUACCAGGACUUCUUUGCCGAUCUGCCCGCCGAACUGGCCCACGAUCUGCGGAUGCGGUUCCGUGCGCGGGUGGCCAACGUCUUCCACGACCUGUGGCUGCCCUCGCGCCGCCUCACCUCCAUCGAGUGGAUGCCGAACAACGAGCGCCAGUUCAUGACGCAGUUCAGCAACCAGUAUCCGAAGGGCGAACGCCUCCGUUUGCUCACCGAGGAGCCCUUCGGCGAGACGAACGCCUUCUUCGUGUGGGACGUGAAGAAUCCUCUGAAGCCGAAGAUCUCCUAUGACAGCAAGGAGGCGGUGUCGCUGGCCAAGAUCUGUCCGAAGGACGAGAACAGCAUGGUGGGCGGCACGGUGCUGGGCCAGGUCUGCCUGUGGAACACCUUCAAGGGCGACAUGCCCCUGUGGAACUGCCCGCUGGAGGUGUCCCACAGGGAGACCACCUCGGCCCUCUGCUGGGUGCACUCCAAGUCCAACACGGAGUUCUACUCCGGUUCGCUGGACGGCUCCAUCAAGUACUGGGACACCAGGGACCUGAAGAUGCCCAUGCAGGAGCUGCUGCUCGAACCGGAGCCGAAGGAGCGACAGCUGAGGGCGGAUGCCCACGGCGUGACCGUGCUGGAGUUCGAGUACACCAUCCCGGUGCGGUUCAUCAUCGGCAGCGACAUGGGUCACGUCUUCGUGGGGAAUCGCAAGGGGAUGACGCCCUCGGAAACGCUGCUCGCCCAUUACCCUCUGUUCGCCGGACCCAUUCGGAGCAUCAACCGGAAUCCGUUCUUCGUGAAGAACUUCCUGGUGACGGGGGACUGGCGGGCGAGGGUCUGGUCGGAGGAGGCCAAGGACGGGCCGUCGACCAUGUACUUCCGGAAGAACACGCAGAUCGCGUGCGGCGCCUGGAGCACCGGUCGCUGUUCCCUCUUCGUCACCGGCGACAUGGCCGGCGUGGUGGACUUCUGGGACCUGCUGCUCCACCAGCGACUGCCCAUCCUGUCCAUCGACUUCAAGGUGCCCAUCGCGGACGUGGUCUUCCGGCCGGACGGCGAUCUCCUGGCCAUCGCGCUCAGGAACGGCGACAGCUACAUCCUCACCCUGGACGAGUCCAUGCGGCACUCCACCACCAAGGAGAAGGCUCUCAUGGCGGCGAUGUUCGAGCGAGAGAUCGUGAGGAGCAAACUAUUGGAGGCUCGCUACGAUGAGGUGAAGCUGAAGCGGAAGACCCAGCUGAAGCUCGAGGAGGACCGCCUGCGGCAGGAGCAGGAGCUGGCACCCAUCCUCGAGCUGGAUCCCGACAAUCCCGACCAGUUCGUGAUGAUGAUCGAGGGCGACGAGCAGUUCCGCACGGCCAUCAGCGACUUCCACGACACGAUUCUCGCCGUGGAGAAGAAGCGAUCCAAGCGGCAGGUGAUCAUGGAGCGCACCGUCUUCGAGGAGUGGAACCCGGCCGACGAGAGGCUCCAGGGAGAGCCCAUAGUUUACCAGCAGCCCGAUCAAAGGUCGCAGACGCGCUCAAACCAGGAUCAAAGGAGCUCACCACGGAGGUUCUCGCAAGGAUCCACCAGGAAUCAGUGAACACAAUCCCCGAUAGAAACUAGAAACUGGAAACUGGAUGUUCAAAUUGUGAUGUGUGUAAAAUAAAAAUGAAAUCUUUCUUUUUUUUUAUUAAUCUA